CAACUUCCUCCUCCUCAUCAUUCGAUAUCGAUCCGAUUCCCUUGCUGCGAAGUCACCUCGCCCUGAUCGAUAUCGACCUUCUCCUCCUCCUCCUCCUCCCCACCAUCGUAUUCGCCGGUCGCAUUCGCACACGGGCGGUAUAGAGCAAGCAUGGAUCAACCUCUUACCCCAUUCGGCGAUGCCGUUGCUGGCGCUCUAGGAGCAGCCACGGCGGCCAUCAUCACCUACCCCUUGGACAUGAGCAAAACCCGCAUUCAAGCUGGACUGCUCGAAAAGGAGGUGACCGUCAGAGGGCAGGACGGUAAACCGCGAAAGGUCAAGAUUUCACCGAACAUCUUCAAGGGGGUGUUGGAGGUCGUAAAACGGGAUGGGAUUCCAGCCCUUUACUCGGGCGUGGUGGCCAGCACGAUGAACACGUUGAGCCUUCAAUUCUCCUACUUCUUCUUCUACUCGUCCAUCCGCACCUUCUGGCUCGAGCGACUAACAAAGAAGACUCCGCCCGGCGUCCGCGUCGUCAUUGGAACCGCUUCGGAGCUGAUCAUUGGGGCCCUUGCAGCCGCCGUCGCGCAAGUAUUCACCAUCCCCGUGAGCGUCAUAGCCACCCGGCAGCAGUUGCGUCCCCGCAAGACACGGGAGGUGGAGAAGGCAGCACAGGCCUCUGCGGCUGUUGGUGCUCCGGGUCAGGCGCCGGUGAAGAGGGGUGGGGUCAAGGAGGAGGAGGACGACGAGGACUACUCCUUUUUGGGAGUGGGGAAAAAGAUCAUCAAGCAAGACGGACCCACAGGUCUCUGGCGCGGUCUUAAGCCUUCCCUUCUCCUCGUCGUAAACCCCUCCCUCACCUACGGGGUAUUCGAACGUAUCAAAUCCCUCAUCCUCACUGCGACCCCUGAUGGGAAAAUGACCCCCUGGCAAUCCUUCUUCGUCGGAGCCCUCUCCAAGUCCUUGGCUACAAUCGUCACAUUCCCUUACAUCCUCGCCAAGUUGAUCUUGCAGAGCGAGCGACCACCGGAAAAGGGGGCGAUUGGUCUUUUGGCGAGGAUAGCGAGGGAGAAAGGGAUCAAAGGAUGGUAUCAGGGGAUGGAGGCGCAGUUGAUUAAGGCAGUGAUUACGCAGGCCUUCUUAUUUACUGCGAGGGAUUAUUUCACUGAUACGGCCAAGUUGAUGAUGAAUAAGAGGAAGGCGUGAGGUCGCGAGGGGGCGCGAUGUGGGGGGGAGGCGCCUUCCUUGAGGUCAUGUGAAUGAUGAUGCGCUUC